AACUCCCCAAAGUUGAGAGGCAGCGAGAGGCUGCCGCCCGCCGGGAGCCGGAGGGAAAGGAACUCGGAAGAUGCGAGAGUGACAGGAGGAGACAGACAGACGCACAGACCUUCAGAAGACACCACUGUCGGCGGCCUCUUCCCGGAGCCCUUCAGGCUUCCCGGCUCGGUUCACUGGUGGGAGGCUGAGCUGGUGGAAAAGGCGCCUGGAAGAGACUUAGAGGCGACCAUAAUGUCUUUACGUUUACACACACUGCCCACUCUGCCUGGCGUUGUCAGACCGGGCUGCAGGGAGCUGCUGUGUUGGCUGGUGAUCACGGUGACUGUGAGCCGUGGCGCCUCCGGGGUGUGCCCCACCGCUUGCAUCUGUGCCACUGACAUUGUGAGCUGCACCAACAAAAAUCUGUCCAAGGUGCCUGGGAACCUCUUCCGACUGAUUAAGAGACUGGAUCUGAGUUAUAACAGAAUCGGCCUUCUGGAUGCCGAGUGGAUUCCGGUAUCGUUCGUAAAGCUGAACACCCUGAUUAUUCGUCAUAACAACAUCACGAGCAUUUCCACAGGCACUUUUUCCACAACUCCAAAUUUGAAGUGUCUUGACUUAUCAUCCAAUAAGCUGAAGACCGUGAAAAGCGCAGUGUUCCAAGAGUUGAAGGUUCUGGAAGUGCUUCUGCUUUUCAACAAUCACAUUUCCUAUCUCGAUCCUUCUGCGUUUGGAGGGCUCUCCCAAUUGCAAAAACUCUACUUAAGUGGAAACUUUCUCACGCAGUUUCCCAUGGAUUUGUAUGUUGGAAGGUUCAAGCUGGCAGAACUGAUGUUUCUAGAUGUUUCUUAUAACCGGAUUCCAUCCCUGCCAAUGCAUCACAUCAAUUUAGUGUCAGGCAAACAGCUGAGAGGCAUCUACCUUCAUGGAAACCCAUUUGUCUGUGACUGUUCCCUUUACUCAUUGCUCAUCUUUUGGUACAGACGGCACUUUAGCUCAGUGAUGGAUUUUAAGAACGAUUAUACCUGUCGCCUGUGGUCUGACUCUAGGCACUCCCAGCAAGUGCUUCUGCUCCAGGAUAGCUUUUUGAAUUGCUCUGACAGCAUCAUCAAUGGUUCCUUCCGUGCACUUGGCCUUAUUCAUGAGGCUCAAGUCGGGGAAAGGCUGGUUGUCCACUGUGACAGCAAGACCAGUAGUGCCAAUACGGACUUCAUGUGGGUGGGUCCAGAUAACAGACUGCUGGAGCCAGAUAAAGAGAUGGAAAACUUUCACGUCUUUCCCAAUGGAACUCUGGUUAUAGAAAGUCCUCGUUUUGAGGACGCUGGCGUGUAUUCCUGUAUUGCCAUGAAUAGGCAACGCCUGUUGAAUGAAACUGUGGAUGUCACAAUUAACGUGAGCAAUUUCACCGUGAACAGGUCCCAUGCUCAUGAGGCAUUCAACACAGCUUUCACCACGCUUGCAGCCUGUGUGGCCAGUAUCGUUUUGGUACUUUUGUACCUGUAUCUGACGCCCUGUCCCUGCAAGUGUAGACCCAAGAGACAAAAAAAUAUGCUAAACCAAAGCAAUGCCCAUUCAUCUAUUCUCAAUCCCGGCCCGGCUGGCGAUGCCCGGGCUGAUGAACGGAAGGCAGGUGCUGGUAAAAGAGUGGUGUUUUUGGAACCGCUGAAGGAUACCGCGGCGGGGCAGAAUGGGAAAGUCAGGCUUUUUGCCAGUGAAACGGUUAUAGCUGAGGGCAUCUUAAAGUCCACAAGGGUGAAAUCCGACUCAGAUUCCGUCAAUUCUGUGUUUUCAGACACACCCUUUGUGGCGUCCACUUAAUUUUGUGCCUGUAUUUGUACCGUGUAGUAAUUCAGUCUCUCCAUAUUUAACUUUGUGUGUGGUCUGCAAAAUAAACAGCAGGACAGAAAUGGUGUUUUGUUUUUUAAAAGACAACCAAAUAUACUAAAAUAGACAACUAUGUACUUGGGGGAUUUGGGGAGAAAUUGCAGGGGAAAAAAAAGACAAUCAAAGGGUCUCUUUAAAUGGUUCAUGGGAAAUGUGAUAAAACACUUGGGUUCCUCAGGAUGCCAGAGAAAGAUGAGGUUGUUUUCUCAAGUUUAAGGUCUAGAUAACACUAUCUUAGUCUUUAGCACCACUGGCAAUUUCAAAGCCGGCCCGGAGAUGAUUGAUAUGACUGACAGUGUCCUUUCAUUCAGGAUUCUUGAAAGAAAAAGUAAAUUUCAUGUAUUAUUAGUGUUCUUUAAAAAUUCAGGAUUCUGGAAAAAUAAAUUUCAUGUAUUAGUGUUCUUUAAAAAGAGACUUUACUAACUUAUUAGGACCAAAGUUGAGUUAUUUUAAAGAAAAGCGUUCGUGUCCUAUUUUACUUUUAAAAGAUGUACAAGGAAGAACCAAGCAGCAGUUAUUUGUAAAGCACCAAAUAAAGUUAGAUUUGGGAAUAAUUCAGCUAAUUUCAUCAUUUUAGACCAGAGUAAACAGACUACGCUGAUAAAAUUUACUGGGUAAUGCCGUGUCCCAUCUGGUGUAAGAGAAAUAGUGCAAUAAAGGUACAUUUGUGACUGUCUUCUUUCCAUUCUGCGCAUUUUCUAUCCUUGUACAAAAGCUCUUGCUGAAAAGUCCCAAGUCAUCAUUAUUUGCCAUAAAUAUGUAGGUGUCAAGACCAAAAUGUCUGAGUAACUUCUUAAACCUUUGUCCUAGCAGACUAAUCUUUGUUUAUAUGCUUGUGUGUAUGUAAAUCUUAUAUGAACUAUUAAGCAGAUCUCACUGUAUUGUGCUUUAGACAUUUGAAUUAAUGUAAAUAUAUGUAUUCUGUGACUUGAUGUUCUGUUUUGACUGUUUAAAAACAUAAAUCUGAGAUGUUUUGUGUGAU